UGGAGCCUCUGAACUCGGGGCUCCUGUUAGUAGAAAUAGUGGAUCCAAGGCAAGCGAAACAUCCUCACAGUCCCAGAAAAGGACGCCUGGUUUGUUCAAGGUCAGGGAACGGUUGUUAGCUAUGUGUGCAUGUAUACUUUAAGAAUGUUUUGAUCUGCUUCGGUAAUGAUCUCAAGCACAGGGAACUUCUGGAAAUGGAGUGGUUAAGCAGAGACCUGGGUAGCUCAUAGCCCUCCCUGAAAGCUCACAGUUGCAGUAGUGUGACAUUUCCACUCUUCUGUAUUCGGAGAUACUGUAAUUAACCUUUUCCUGAUCUGUGCUUCUCUACCACUUUGUCCUUGACCUUUUUCAAAAGCUCCUUGGUCUUCUUGGUUGGUUCGUCAUAGUACUGUGAGUUGUGGCUUAAAAUUGAAGUGGAGGUUUCCAGUUGGGUGCCCUGUGAUGUGCCCUGCCCUGCACCCGUUUGCUGGGAUCUGGCUCCCUUGAGACCCAGAAGAGGUUGGAAACCGAAGGGAUUGACUCCUAACUGAAGGAAUUUAGAGGCUCAUUUUACUCAGGGGUUAAACUUUGCUUACACAGAGACUGAAUCACUCAUUUGGGAUCUUUCAAUCUACUUGUUUGCACCUGAACGGAUUUUUAGUUUCCUUAACAAAGAGGGUGAAAAUACUUAUGUAAUGGAAGUGUCGUAAUUGCAAGAUCAGAUAGUAAAAAGUGGAAGCUUUGUAGGGAGUGAAUACUGAAAACCAGAAAAAGGAUUCAGAAAACUAUCUUUCCAAUUACAAUAUCCUUCUGUAAUAUCCAGAUGUUUUGCGAUUGCACAGCUGCAAACCUCUGGCCUAUGUGCUUCUUCCCAGGAGCAGGAGGGUUUAAAAAAGACUCAUUUCCACAGCAGACAGGCUCUGGAGCUGCACGUCUAGGGCUUCUGCUCCUCGUCCGCAGGGACGGGCCCGUACUGUACACUGCUGAAGCCCCUCAGGAUACUGACCUGCCGUGUGAUCUGAGGGGGCUGUGGACUUGUUGUUUCCCAGAGGAGACGUGGACUUGUCGUUCCCACGCGCUGCCCGGAAGCCUGGAAGACGGAGUCUUGUUGUCACCAGAACAACCCCGAAGGAGGAGAGAGUGGAGAGGACAGUGAAAGGAAAGCCAUUCGCGUGAGACGUGUUCCAGAGACCGCAGCUCCCCCUGCUGCCAGCCCAAGGGUCGCCGAGGGAGCGCGUCCCUCCCCGGGCCCGCUGCAGCCGCCACCAUGAGCUGGAGCUUCCUGACACGGCUGCUGGAGGAGAUCCACAACCACUCCACCUUCGUGGGCAAGCUGUGGCUCACUGUGCUCAUCGUCUUCCGCAUCGUGCUGACGGCCGUGGGCGGCGAGUCCAUCUACUACGACGAGCAGAGCAAGUUCGUCUGCAACACGGGCCAGCCGGGCUGCGAGAACGUCUGCUACGAUGCCUUCGCGCCCCUGUCCCACGUCCGCUUCUGGGUGUUCCAGAUCAUCGUGGUGUCCACGCCCUCCCUGCUGUACCUCUGCUACGCCAUCAACAAGAUUGCCCGGCUGGAGGAGGGGAAGGGGGCGGCGGGCGGCGGCGGGUUUGGCUCCAGGAAGCCGCGGGGCAAGAUGUUCCUGGGAAGGAGGCAGCACCGUGGCAUCGAGGAGGCAGAGGACGACCACGAAGAGGACCCCAUGAUCUACGAGGAGCCCGAAAUGGAGAGCCGCAGCGAGGCCACGCCGCGGGGGAAGGCCAAGACCCGGCACGACGGGCGGCAUCGCAUUAAAGAGGACGGGCUGAUGAAGAUCUACGUGCUGCAGCUGCUGACACGCACAGCGCUGGAGGUGGGCUUCCUGGCCGGGCAGUGCCUCCUCUACGGGUUUGCGGUUCAGCCGGUCUUCCAGUGCAACAGCAAGCCCUGCCCGCACAAAGUGGACUGCUUCGUUUCACGGCCCACCGAGAAGUCCAUCUUCCUGCGCAUCAUGUACGGCGUCACCGGUCUCUGCUUGACCCUCAACGUCUGGGAGAUGCUCCAUUUGGGGUUCGGCAGCAUGUGUGACAUCCUGCGCAGCAGGCAGUCCCCUCCCGAGGAGGACGAGUACCAGAUGAGCUCCGUCGGGGCAGGGGGCACAGGGGUGGCAGAGACGGAAGCGGCCCCUGGAGGGUACAGCAGCUACCCUUUCACCUGGAAUGCCCCGUCAGCCCCUCCAGGAUACAACAUUGUGGUGAAGCCUGAGCAGAUCCAGUACACCGACCUCAGCAACGCCAAGAUGGCCUGCAAGCAAAACAAAGCCAACAUUGCCCACGAGGAGCAGCAGCAGUUCGGCAGCAACGAGGACAACUUCCCGACUGCCGAGCCCCGCGGCUCCCUGCAGAAGGAGAUCCACGAGGUCCACGAGGGUCUGGAGGCGGCCCUCCAGGCCUACAGCGACCAGCACCACCACGGUGGCCCCCGCGGCCCCCACCCACACCCAAACAUCCCCAGCAGCCACGGGGACAGGAGGGCCAGGAGCGGCCCCCGGCACAGCACCAAAAAGACCGGGGCAGGGGACAGGGGGGGCAGCAGCAGCAGCAGCAACAGCAACAGCAAAUCAGCGGAGGCGAAACCCUCCGUCUGGAUCUAGCCCGCCCUGCCCACACCAAUCCCAGGGAUCCCUGCUCUGUGGAUCAGAGACUGGAAACCAGGCCUCCGUCUGGCACAGAGCAGAACACAAUCCACCUCACGGGCCCUUCUCCCUCCAGCAGGGACGUCAGGCCCUGUUUUUCCUGUAGGAAAGCUGCCCGUGUGCCUGCAGGGAGAACCGUGGCUGUGCUGUGGAAGCUGGACAUCAGGAAAGAGAGAACCCGAUUCAGGGGACACGUGCGUAGGCAGCAGACCGGGUCACUUGUUUUUCAUGCUGAGACCGUCUUCUUCAUGGAUCAGUAUGCUUCUUUAUCAUUUCGUGUUGUUUGUGCUUUGAUCGUUAUUUAUUUCCAUUUUUUUUCACAUUUGGAAUUGCCAGUUAUGUGCCGCCACACAUAAUCCUGGCCACAGCUGGCUGAUGGCGUGGCCAAGACUCGAUGGCAAAGUGUUGUCCACAGGGGUUGUGCAGCCCCCAUGGUGAGCCCCCUCUUUAACGCCCUGUAGUUCUGAAACAAGGUGAUGGCAUUGUAGAGUCUGGACGUUAAGAGUCGGACUGAGCCAUUUUGUCCCUGACGUUCUCAAGAUUUGUGGGGUAAAACUCUAUCGAAGUGCCUGGUUGAGAUCUGCAUCAGCUCCUUUAAUGAUGUUUAGAUUUACAUUCCAAGAUUUAAAAAAUAAUUGGCAAAAAAUAAUCUGCGCUUUCCAUUUUCAUUUUUAUACCAAAAAUGACUAAAUGAUGUGGAAUUUCGGUAGAAUUUUUUUCGUUCACACAAACAGACGUUCUGUUUCUGAGUUAAAAGGGAUCUAAGAGUUCUGGCUUAGCUGGCUUCUAGCUAUAUUUUUACAUCAGUUUUCCAGAUGGGGAGACAGUGAAAUAACAGAAGCAGAACUAACAGUACAGAAUGAUGAAGUACCAGCAUAUUGCAUUUGGAAAACAUUACACUGCAUGUAAGAGUGCACACUGGUGAUAAUCAGCUAACUUAUACAGGCAGUAAAAGGUUGUUUUUUGUUUUGUGUUGAUUUUCCUGAAAAUAUGGGGCAUUGAUUCCAUUCUUGUUUUUUAUUUGUAUGUUUUUUUUUUCUGAACUUAACACUAGUAUAAAUAUUUUUAAAAACAGUGUGCAAACAGGAGUCAUUUCGGUGUAGAGACAUCCAGUAAACAAGAGGUUUUUAUGGUGCUAGGAAGUACAGUUUUAUUUCUGUAUUUCCUGGGGCUUUUUCUUGCAGCUGGGGUUGGAAAGAGGAAGGUUCAGAUGCUGCAUUUCCAUGAAAGUGCCUUAUCAUCCAGCCAUAAGAACCGGGGUGAAGAACUCUUCAGUAACAGGCUUCCCGGCUCGGCGUUCCAGAGCAGAUGAGCCUCCUCUUUAAAGCCAUACACAAGAGACAGUGGAUUGCUGUCGACAGGUUUAAUGGGAUCCACAGGGGUCCUCUCAUCCUCGCAGCUCAGAAAGUGGAGUGUGACCAGCUUGCCUGUUUCCCCCCUGCAUGCUGCCAUGUCCUUCCUAGUCUUCCGUCAUUGAGACCAGCCACGUGUGAAAUUACCUGCCCAGGACUCGCUGGUACCAUGGUAUUUGCCCAGAGGCUGAUUGCUCCUGCUUAAUGAAAACCUGUUAUCAAACAGUGCCUGAAUUGAUUUUGGUGGCUGUGGCAAUGCUUUGAAGAGUUAAAAACUAGCCGUAGUUCAGGACAGUUAGCACUGAUGCCCAGAUUCCCCUUUACUGGGAGCUGGAGCCCAUCCUAUGAGCAGUGCGACAGGGUGGCCAGCGGGCACUCAGUCCUGGUGAAGGUACCUGGGCAGCAGUCAUCCCGAUGGGCUCCCAGCAUUCCACACCCCGCCAGCGCCAGCGCCAGCUCCGAUCUUCCUUUCGGACUUAGCAGUGCAGCUCCUGGUAGACAUUUUGCUCUCAGAAAAAAAGAAAGUGCUCAGGGAUUUUUCAGGGGGAGACAGCAUCCCAGUCGGAUGGCAUCCUGCAAAGAAAGGACUGCACCUCUGGAAGCAUACCGCCUGCUUCUCCCCCAGCGUGGCUGUUUUUUUAGGUUCUUGUUUUUGUCAUUUUUAAGUGCUUUUUUGAUCUUGAGUAGGGGGGCAUCUGCUGGCCAGAUGUGGUGGUGCCAGUGUAAACAUGUCAUGUGUGAGUCUGUCACUCCGCCGGAGCCCACAGCCCAAGAAACAUGGGGGGACUGUUGGGAACAUCUUCGCUGUUUCACUGCCUGCCAGACCCCAGGUGAUCUGGGUUGGAAGUAGGGUGUAAAAUGAACUGUGCAAACAGCCUACAAACAUAAUUGCUCUACUUGGGGAGGAGCAUUGUAACAUGGAAAAGGAUUUCAGAACUUCCUCUGUGGCUGCUCAUGCAGAAGGAAUGGAUAUGUUCCCUGUGUAAAAAUGGUGUAUUGUUACAAGUUAUCUGCUGUAAAUCAAAGCAGUCAUCAGAAAGAUAGAGUCUUCUCUAAUGCUGUGAAAUUGCUGGUCUGCAGUUUCAAAUUGCAUGAAAGGCAGAAGGUUCUCUUCUGCUAGAGCAGAGUUCAGGCGAUCUUCAUCAGGGAGAGGAGCAGAGAGGCACUCCCCAUUGCAGCACAAGUUCCCCGACCACUUGACCUCAGAAAUUACACCUAAAGAUUUAUUUUUCUGUGUCCGGCAAGAGAGGAAGUCAUCUCUGUUUAAGUUAUCGCCUUUCUUUCCUCUCUCUGGUUACUGUGAAAGUCAUAACCUUCCAAAGUAAAUGGACAUCUGCCACCCAGUCCUGCAGUCUUCCAGCAGGCAGGGCUUCUAUGCACAUACUCGCAUUUAUGAGCUUUGGAGUUUAAGCCAUCAGCACCACAUCCGCUGGAUAAUGUACCAGAUUUGUACUUAAGAAUUUAUACCUUGCUAGUGUUCUUCCGUUAAGAGGUUAUUUCUAAUUGUAAAUGAGGUUCUAGGCCUAACACUGUACUUAAGUAUUUAAAAAAGAAAACAAACUUCUUUGUAGCAAACCUGUCUGUUUAAAUAUAAGUUGGGAAUACCACAGCCAUGGCAAACAAGUUUACAUGUACAUACAUGAAAAGAGUUCAGUUUCAGUCUUCUAGGUCUAUAUUUUCAUAAUGUGCGUAAAACAUUUAUAUAAAACAGUUUUUGUUUUGCUUUCGUAUGUAUUCUGAAUGGGUUCAGAGAACACAGUUUUUUUAAAAAAGCUUGGUGAAGUUGUUUUUCUUUUGGGGCAUAUUGUUAAAGAUUUGUGAAUUAGUCUGAUAGUAAAAAGUCAAAAGCGAAGAAUCUAUAACGUACACGCUGAGCAGUGAACGGUGUGGUACUGAUGUCUCCAGUAGAUCCUGCCCUGGUGAGAGGUGUAGCUUGGCAUCACAGCUGGGCAGUGAAGCCCAAUGGAGGAGAUCAGACACUAUCGGGUUUGCAUGUUAUACCCUGGUCAGCUGGUGAACAUUGAAAUUUCUGAUAUCUGACUGGAUCUAUCCCAGUAUUGUCAGUUUUCACUGCCAUCCUGUGUCAUUUUUAACUGCCUUAAUAAAGAUGUCUGCAGAGUGCCAGCUCGGUGCUGCAGUGCCCAUCUUUGCUGUAGUCAGAGCUGGCCUCUUCCCCUCCAGAUUAAGGACAGUGGUCUUCCGCACGGAAUUAAUCCGAAAUCAGCGUCUGCAGGAAGCAAAGCAGGAAUAUGGAUCUGACAGUCCUCCAGUGGGCAGUCAGCUGUUCUGAAGUGGGCAGAAUUAAAACUGAGCUGAAUUUAAAUUUAGAAUUUAGACAUGAAACAUUUCAACUAUUUUGCUUUUGUCAUUUUCCUGGCUUUCCCCAAGUCCUGUGUCUCCUAGUGCUUACUGACAAGCUGAUGUGUGAUGUCUGAUGUCUGCUAGCAGUGCAGGCCUGCUUUUUGUGUUGGUUUCCUGUGGACUCAUUUUGGGAAUGAAUGAGUGUUAUAGCUCACAGUGCAGCGCUGUUCCUUCUGUUCUUGCCUGCAGGAGAACCCUGGCUGGGCUUCAGCUCUUCAUUGAUCAGCAGAUCAAUACUCUGAAAUACUCUGGGGCGGAGGGGUUAUUAGUUUUGAGCAGGUGACUGAGGAAACUGGUUUCGGCUAGCUAGACAUUUCCUUGUGUUGUGUGCUACUAUGUCCUUUUGAGGAUUUCAAACUCCUAGUGAACAGGGGCAGGAAUAGAAAUUGAAAAUAUGAAGGUUUUUCUUUGUAUUGACUGUGUGCCAAAGAAACGUGUGCUGUUUUUUAUACAGAAAAGGCAGUUUUAUUUACUCUUGAGAUUUCUCUAGAUAAAAGAGUUUUGCAUAUCAUUUUGACAAGCUUUAUUAAACCUUAUAGAUCUGAGAAUUCAAGUGAAACACCUGAAAAAGAGUCGUCCACAAUCCUUUUGAGCUUACAUUCCUAGUUCAGAAGAAACAAUAAGUUGUGUGCUAACAGGAGGGAGUGUUUUUUUUGUUAUUCAUACCUUUCUAAUUAAAAUUGAUUGAAAUUUAAUGAAUCCUCCAUUAUCAACAGUAUAAUUAAAACUAUUGUUCAAAACAAAACCAGAGAGCAAGCCAUUUGUAAAACAAAUGGAUGCCAGAGCUCUCAAACCAGUAAAUCAGACCCACUCAGCAGCUUGAAGAUACUGUACCAUGCCUGAAUUGUGUCUGUUCUUCAUGUUGUUGAGCACACAAAUCUGACUUCAGUCUGAUUUAUUGAUCAGGGCAGGAAUACUGGAAUACACCCCUUGAUGUGUUAAGAAGUAAUGGGAUUAAACUGUGUUUAAGGGUUAGCUGUGAUUAUAAGGAGGACAAAAUGAAGAUGAGGCAUUGAAAAGGAGGGGAGUGUAGUUUUGUUUCCAGGUUGGCAGAGCAAGUGCCUUUUUCCGUUGUUGUUUCAAGGACACAUUUAAAGACCCAAAGCAUUUUACAGAGCUUCUUCCUGCGUGCAGAUCUCCUACUGCCCUCCGACGUACUGUACACACCCCCUUACACAUCCCGAACAAUCCAGUACAGACCAGUGUCCCUUCAAGUGGAGGCAAAGGACACGUCCUUAAACCAUGGAAGAACCACUUGCUUGACUUCCUAUAGCAACAGCAAUACUGAUUCAUGUUUGAUAACUAUUUAUGCAAAACGUACAUUCAGACACAGUCUUAAAUAGCAAAGCGAGGAAGAAUGAGACCUGUGUCUUUCUUUAAGCUUGCUCUUUAAUGAAAACAGUAGUCAGGUUUGUCAUUAAUGUCCUUCUCUUUCUCGUGUGGAGACACUCAUGAUGUUUUUCUUUCCGUCAGCCUGUCAUAUUCAAGUAGUUUAUUCUGCUAGUGUUUUGAUUUAUUUUCCUGGGUACUGGGACUUUGCUACUGCCUUAAUUGAAAAAACACAGUGGUCCAAUAAAACCUAUCUGACUCUACCAGUACGAAAGCAGCAUUUAUGUGAUGCAACAUAAUUAUAAAUGAAGUCUUCUCUGUUUCCUACUAUUCAAUGUAUUAUUUUGCUUUAAAUUAGCAUCCUUGCUAAUUAUUGACUUGAGGUUCCUCAGUCUACUGUAUGAUGAAACAGGAUUUCACUUCUGAUUGGAGGAACAAGUAUGUGCAGCUGAUCAGACAGCCAUGUAUGAAUUAUAUUUACAGAACUGCUUCCGAUUCUGUUCACAUUUGCUGUUAUCACCUCAUUAUUACAUUUUCUCUUGUUUUUUUUUUAUUGCUUUGUAGUAAAUGCAAAAUUGUUUGAAAGUGGCAAGCUGGAGUUCAGCUGUGUGAAUACUUCCAUUUUUUAAUUACUUUUGUAAGGAAAUAUUAAUGCAUGUCCAGAACUAUUUUGCUAAAAAAACUGUAAAUAAAAAAUUUCAUCUUU